UUUUAAUUCCUAUGGGAAUUGCAGCUGUCAUUGAGUUAUGGAAAGUUACUAAAGCAUCAAAAAUGAAUAUUUCUUGGAUUGGAUGGAAACCAAAAAUAAGCUUUGGAAGUACGAGCAAUGAUGAAAAAGAAACUGCAAUGUAUGAUUCUCAAAGCAUGAAAUAUUUAUCAUAUCUUCUAUAUCCUCUCUGCCUUGGAGGUGCUGUAUAUUCCCUGUUUUAUGUUCCACAAAAAAGCUGGUACUCAUGGUGCAUACAUAGCUUAGUAAAUGGUGUUUAUGCAUUUGGUUUCUUGUUCAUGCUUCCCCAACUCUUUGUUAAUUAUAAGUUAAAAUCUGUUGCCCAUCUCCCUUGGAGAUCCUUUAUGUAUAAGGCAUUUAACACAUUUAUCGACGACCUGUUUGCAUUCAUCAUCACCAUGCCAAUAGCUCACAGGGUGGCAUGUUUCAGAGACGACAUCGUCUUUCUCGUUUAUUUAUAUCAACGUUGGCUGUAUCCUGUCGACACGAAGAGGGUUGAGUUUGGCGAAUCCAUGGUCGAGGGAAAGUCGGACAAACAAGACUGAAGCCCAUUCGAGGUGCCAUUUUUUUUGUAUCACUAAGGACAUUAUACAUGUUUUAAUUAUUUUCUAGAUGAAAAAAUUUUAUGGGAUUUUGGCAAAUGUUAGAUUUAUUUAUUUAUUCUAGUCAGUUAUGAAUUUUACAAAACCGAUACACAGUACACUUACAUAUUUUGUAAACGACCAGCAUAAUCUGUGUUACGUUUCACUUGAAAAUAUUAAAAAUUGGUCGGCAGAAAAUUGUUUAAAAAAAAAAAAAAUAGAAUCUCGACCAUUCAAACAUUCCAUUUCCAAAAGACAAAAGUGUGUUUUUGGAUUUGCUUUGUAUAAAUCUAGACUACUGGUAUUAUCUGCUACCAGUUCCAUACCGAUGCAUUUUAUGCCAAAAUUCUUGAAAUUAUAUAUAUCAUUUUAAACUGUUACAGUGCAGUUUUUAUGUUUGGGACUACUCAAUAUAUUAUAUGUAUAUUUUUAAGAUCUGUUUAGAAAAUACCAUAAUUUCUUGCGAAUAACUUGAGAUUAUCCAUCUUUAGAAAGUAGGUCCAAAAGCGGGCACGGGUCAUGCAAUGCAGGCUAUGGGCCAAUUUAAACUUGCAACCACAAACCCAUCUAAACUUAGAGCACUUUUAUAGACAUAAAAAAUUCUUUCCAUGCAUCAUGGAAAGAAUUUUUCCAAUGGCACAUAUCAUUUGCCAUUGGAAGUUUCACAAAUCCAUCAAAAAGGCACAUAUGCACAGAAAACAACAGGGAACGAGCAAUUAUUAUUGUGACGGCGUUACAAUGCCUGGCCGGACCAUAUGUUUCUUGUUAACAAUACAGUUGUGCUGAUCAUCUAUAACUCUGUUCUGGAGAAAAUAUUUGAAUUGAAAUAAUGUGACUUGCAGUCUAAACUGGAAGUUCACAUAUAGUUAAUUGGCCCUCUGGUCUCUAAGCUUUUCAUAUCCGGUCUCUGCUUUCAUGUAUCUAACUCAAUUUUCGAGAUUAGACAGAAGGAAUUUACAGGUUUGCAAUUUUGAAAUUGCAGCAGAAUUAUUAUACAGUUGUUAAUUAUUAUUAUUAAAUCCUUCUCUGAGAAACAAUAUAAUUUCAAGAAUAACUAUCUAGAAACAA